CAGAGAAGGAGUUGACAGGCGGCGACCUAAUGAUGACGGGUCGGGACUGAAUCCCCAUCCAGGAAUCGCCAGCACAUCCGCCUCGGAUUGGGCCAUUGCAAGGACAGAGCUUGGCUAGCGCGGGUUUCUAUAUAUACUUAAUUGCCGGACGGCUUGUCGCGAUGAUGCAAUGGCUCUUCAUCGAUGUAGAAAGAGAUACUGGAUCCAUGACGAGGGAUGUUUGUUUGGUUCAUGUGCAGGAGGAAAGAUCUGACAGAGAUUGUCGAGAUCCAACACUGAUCUAGAGGCGAUCAAUCCGCGAUCAGCAGAAGAUACGGGACUCGAAACCAAGUACGCUCAGGCAAACUCAUGAAAUCAGUCACCUUGGGUAGUCAAAUUGUUGGUUGUCCGACGAGUCGCAGUCGGCCUUAAUUGAGCUGUGUGCAACCUGUAAAGGCGGGGGGGUUGGGGAUGUUGGAAGGCAAGGAAGACAAGUUUGGAUCACUCACGUUGUCGUCGCAUCCGCAUCCGCCUCGCUCACAUACCACUGCGGCAGUGUCUUAUCCUUAUCGCGGCACGUUUGACGAGACCUACGAAGUACACGAUCCACAUACGUUGACGACUCUUUCACCGCAACGCCAGCAGCAGGCUGCUCCCCGACCCUUACCUGAACCUACCUUUGACCCAGAACUACGAUCCUCGAGUGCUUUUGGAAGUACUCGAUCGUUGCGGAGAACGUCUCGUCACUUUCAGCGCCCGCCAUCGGUCGAUGUGUCCGGACGUCCUUUUGAAGUAGAGCAAACAAUUCCUGUCUUGGUGCAGUCAAUCUCGGACCACGGCAACGGUGUUGCUGCUCUACGUCCUGCCCUUUCGGAAGCGCAUACGGAUCACGACGAGGAGGCUGACUCGGCACCGGAAGAUCAUCUUGAACGGGAGGAUACCUCGUACUGGCCCCGUAGGUCUACUCGAGUUUCCCCGCGCACAGCAUCUGCGAUUCUCUGGACUCUGGAAGAAGCGAUUCGCAAACCAUUCCCCUUCACAACAGACUGGGAAGAAGUGAAUGCGCCCAUGUCUGACGCAGCAGGUACAACCGGCUUCAGCGCCAAUGGCCGCACCCAGAAUGGAUCGUCUCGAGCCGCCCAGGGCCCGGUCCCUGUCAAUCCACACCCGCCAAGUGGUGUGCGGACUCCUACGGACAUCAUGAGACAGCGCCGGGACCGCGAAGCUCGCAAGAAGGCAGAACAGGAAGCUAGGGAUCGGGAGCAGGAGCAAAGCAAGGCUCAAGGGCAAGCGCAGCCUUAUGCUGCUGGCGUUGCGAGUGACAGAGGCUCACAACGGCGAGCGACGCACAGGGCGCCCACAGGGCCGGAGGCGCAAGACUUACGCACCACCACCAUUCCAGAACGGUCGACUAGCAACGUUCGACGACCAGAUCCUUUGUCUCCUACACAGGCAGCAGGCACCGGUGCUGGACAUGGUCAUGCAAGGCCGACGACAUCGGCAGGACAAUUCAAUCCAGCUCAGCAGUCUCAAAUCCCGCCUCAGAGCUCUGCAGGGGUUUCCAAACCCCAAGGCCAAGCCCCAGUGUCUAACCAACCGAGCACAGGAUCUCAGCCCCAACAGCAAUCUCGCCGAGUGCCUUUCCCGCAUGCCUUCGAGCGUUGGGAAACUCUGUCUUCUCACUGGGAAGGGUUGACAGGUUACUGGAUCCGCAAGCUGGAACAGAACAAUGAGGCACUCGAGCGGGAUCCUCUUAACCAGCAGAUGGCUCGUCAAGUCACUGAUCUUUCUGCUGCUGGUGCAAAUCUGUUUCACGCCGUCGUGGAGCUGCAGCGGUUGCGCGCAUCAUCCGAGCGGAAAUUUCAGCGCUGGUUCUUCGACACCCGCACGGAACAAGAAAGGGCGAAGGAGUUGCAAGCAGAGCUUGAGCGACAGAUACGAACUGAACGGCAAGCUCGCGCGGACGCUCUUGCCUCCUUGCAGAAGGCUGAAAGCGACAAGUCGCGCGCGGAAGAAUUGCUCAAAGAAAUGCGUCGGGAGUUGCAAAUCUCGAAAGAAGAGGCUCGCCGCGCCUGGGAAGAACUUGGUCGGCGCGAGCAGGAGGAGCGCGAGAGGACCAAUUCAUUGCGUAACGGCGAGCCCACAUUGGUGGGAGGAGUGCAGGUGGUGCCUAUGGUCACUGGAGCCCCGCAUCGUCAGGCAUCAACCGCUCGUCCUCAAGCUCGCGAGAGCCCCUAUGCAACCGGCGGAGCUACUAGUGGUGAAGGCGCGCCAAAGAGCACGGUGGACAUCGAAGGUCAAUACUAUGGCGAGACUGCUGCAUCGCCCACCGGCACGGAUCCUUUUGUCGAAGGGCCGCCACCGGCUUCCUCGUCUGCAGAAACUCAGAGGCAGUAUCCUGCGCACUAUUACGACCAAGAGCCCGGCUACCCUGCUCGACCAACGUCAGAAAAUGACGAUCGCUCGUAUGGUCCUAGUGUAGCCAGCAGUGAACCAGGCGAAGACGAAUUUGGGGCCAGCUAUCGCCGCAAUCCACAAGGGCCGAUUGUUUAUCCUCCGACAAUGUCCGAAGGGAGCGACGAUUAUGAGCACGGCUCACUCGACGAAUCAGGAUAUCCUCCCAGCUCGUUGCCUGCAUCGUCGGGGUCUAUCUAUGGAGGCUACAACCAAACUGUCGACUACAGUGGCUCGGGCUGGGGCGUCGGCUCUGGGUGGGAAUCAAUGACUCCCCGACAUCGCCAUCCUACUCGCCUAAGCGAUGUCAUUGAAGAAGAAGAGCCACGUACCACGCCUAGCCGUGCCAGUAUGGCUAGCCGCAGUGUACAGUGAGAUGGAAAGCUUUACCGUACAUACCGCCUGAGGGCCAACUUCGACCCAAAGCUCGUCUUGCGUUUCUUGUUUCGUCUCCUUCCAGUCAUGCAUUUCCUUCUUGUUUCUCGUACGACAAUACCUCCUUGCUUCGCUUUCGCAUGUCUCCUUCGAUCACAUUCCAUGUGCCAUAUUCGACCCGCAUACUCCUUUUGAUCCAAGAAACUGAGAUCCAGUGAGCGUUGCUUGCAUGGCACACAUCCUCUCCAUGGAUAUCCAGACUUUGCUUGCGAGGAAAGCACGCGGUGUAAUUAAUGUAAUGCUAUCAAAGUUCGUGAUUCCAUGUUUGCAGCGAAACAGGCGCAAAGUGUAACAUCGGUCCUGGCCUUUUCAGAUCUACUACACGCGCGGUAAAUCACAUUGUAGUGAAUGCCAAUACAGGGCUUCAGGAGCCGAGCAAAACUUUGACCUUUGGAUUAACCUGUCUGUGAACCGAGGGGGUGAAGGCCACACUCGUG